AUGAUUGAGUUGGACGGGGAAACCGACCCACUUGAGAUUGCAAUGAAGGAGCUCCGACAGCGGAAGAUACCAUUCACCAUUCGCCACUACCUGCCUGAUGGAAGCUAUGAAAACUGGGGGGUUGAUGAGUUAAUUGUGGAAGACUCGUGGAAGCGACAAGUGGGAGGUCAGGUUUCUUGCGAGUUUCUGGAGCCUUUGGGUAUUGAACCUAUUAAUGGUACCUGCACCGUGUGGGCUGUGGAUCGUGCUCUUAUGGAUGCUUCUAUCCAUAACUGUGGAACUGUCAGCAACAAAGCUCAUAGCUUUCAUUUGAGAGUGAAGACUACAGAGGAAUGUGUUGUUGAAGAUCAAUAUUACCUGGAUCGUGUGUCGCUUUGGUACGUGGUACAGGGGUCAACAUCAGUCUGUGGGGCUGUAGAGAUAUGCAGACUUCACAUUAGCGCAAUGUGA